AUGGCAAUACAAUUUCUUUUCCUCAUCUCCAGACAGGGCAAAACUAGAUUGUCGAAAUGGUACCAAACGAUUCCACAAAAACAAAAAGCCAAGAUCAUCCGCGACUUGUCAACUAUAAUAUUAUCAAGAAGAGCUAAGAUGUGUAAUGUGUUGGAAUACAAGGAUUUAAAGAUCAUUUACAGGAGGUAUGCAUCGUUAUUUUUUGUCAUUGGUAUUGAUAACGACGAUAAUGAGCUUAUUGGACUAGAAGUUAUCCACAGAUUCGUUGAAGAAAUGGACAAAAUGUACGGCAAUGUGUGUGAACUAGAUAUAAUAUUUGGCUUUGAAAAGGCAUACCAUGUUUUGGAUGAGUUGUUGCUUGAUGGUUAUGUGCAAGAGAGCUCGAAGAAAGAGGUGUUGAAGCGAGUUACUCAACAAGAUGAGUUGGAGAAUAUGGAUGAGUUUGAAAGAGUGCUAGUCUAG